AUGCUGAGAGAUGAUUCAUUCUUCGAAAGAUGCGUUCAAGAGUGCAUGAGGGAGAAUAUACAACACCACAUUGAAAUCCUAAAGUUUUUCAGUCUCUAUCAGGAUUUAUCGUCAACCAUCUUUGGUGUGAUUAUAGGCGUAAGCAUGAUGAUCCUCGCAUCCCUAUCACUAGUGCUCACAAAGACGGAGCUACUAUCAUUUGAAACAUUAAAGUUUGCAUUCUUCUUUUUUGUGGAGCUUUUGGUCGUAUUUGGUUAUUGCUUAAUGGGAACGUUUCUUACUGAUAGCAGUCUAGAGAUUCCAAGUGCCCUGUACAACUGUCAUUGGUAUUACCUGAAUGAAAAACAUAGGAGAAUGUUGAGAAUAUUCCAAAUAAAUUCCUCAAUAAGUAUUGAACUGAGAGGCAAUGGACUUUUCUUGAUAGAUCUUCAGUUAUUUGUCCAGAUUGUUCAGACAACAUAUUCAAUUUUUAAUAUUUUCACGUCCAUGGAGAGCUAACUUCAAGCAGAAAGGAGAGAUACUAAGGCUAACAUGUGGCUAAUAUAUUUGAAAAUUCAGACGGAUUGGUUCUACUCAUAAUCAACUUUUAAUGAUCAAGCUUCUUAUAUUAUGUGGUGCUCAGGAAGUGCAAGCUUUUUUCCAACGUCAUCCUGUGGAAGAGACUGAAAUUUAGAUCUAAAAAUAUCCUAUUUC